UUUAGUAGAUACUAUGUGUUUUUCCUGGAAGAAAAAGUGCAAAGACUUAACAAGAGAGUGUAGUAUUUUUAGCAAUCACGACGUUGGAAUGUGUGUUUGCAAAUCAGAAUAUCUAGGAUUUGGAGAAAACUGUUUAGAAGGAAACCUUAAAAUCAAUCAGACCUGUGAGCGAAAUGAACAGUGUAAUGCUGCACAAAACUUAGAAUGUCAAAAUGGAAAAUGUACGUGUCGAGAUAUGAACGUACUUGUUAAUGAGACUGAUUGUAAACCAGUGGAAAUAAAUGGAAAGGCGAUAGGAAAAAUGUUUUUAAAUCAAGAACAAGCAUCAUUCCAUAAUCAGGGACUUUUGAUUGGAUUGAUUAUAUUUGGAUUAUUGGUUAUUACAUUAACCGUGAUCGUCAUUGUGCAAGCUAUACACAACAUGAAGACUAAUAAAAGGUACAAGAUGAUAAUGCAUAUUUGUUGUUUACAAAUAGAAUCAUAA